AUGGGGAAGAAGACGAACUGGAGCUCGGCUGAGGACAAGGCCCUGUGCCGCGUAUGGCUGACCGCUAGCGACCUGCAGCUGCAGGGAGGAGACCACAAGGCAUCCAACUUUUGGAACAUGGUGCGUGAGUUGUUCCACCAAGAGCUGGAAACGGCGGUGGAGCGUCCACUCAACGGUCUCAAGGUCCGCUGGACGCGGAUUAACCGCGACUCGCAAAAGUUCGCAGCCAUUUUCAGCGAAAUUCAGAGCAAGGGCAUGAAGCAAGAACAGGUGAGUGGUGGUGACUCUGGCGACGCUGCCGCCGUAGCACUGUUGACGGAACAGCAGUGGAUCGAUGAGGCCAAAGACGCGUUUCACCGUUAUUACAACACGAAGUUCUCCUUUGAGAGCUGCUGGAAGCAGUUACGGUACUCCACUAAGUGGCUGCAGCUAUUUGCCGACUCCAGAAGCAAUCCGGUAGUGAUAGUAAGCUCCUUGCCGACAUCGACAGUGGAAUUCACCCCAGCGGAAGGUGCCACUACCACUACAGAUCUGGUUCCUACCACUACUAAGUCAGCUUCACCACCUCGUUCCAAUAAUCCCUCGGCGCCUUCAGUUACUGCUGCAGCCGCGGUUGCUGCAGUUAUUCAGGGCUCAACAGAGCCGAGCAACUUUAGCAUUCGUUCUAGUCAUAAACGGCGAGCGGAUGAGGCACUCGAUUCCUUCAGCCAUUCCUCAAGCCUACAACUACAAGGUCUGACUGCCACGUUGGUCGAGGAGCUCAAGCGACAGAACGAUUUACUUGAAGACCAGAAUGCCAUCGCGCUUUUAAAGAUCAAUGGCGAAUCACUCCCAGAGGAGGCUGAAGACUGCUACGAAGUGCUACGAGCUCGCUACAUGAAGAAAGCCCGCACAAAUGACUCAUACAGUAACAACGGACGAACCAGCACCCUGGUUUAA